UUAUGACGUUGCAUUAUUAUGACGUCGCAUUAUUGUGACGUCAUCAAUUCAAUUGGUUUGGUAUAGUGUUCAGUAGUUAGCAACGUCUCAACAGCUUACAGAAAAAAAUGGAUCAAGAAGUCCCUCCUUCAAGGGACGGACAAGUGGGAAAGAAGUUCAGUGUGGAAGCCUGCAACAUAUUAUGGGAACUACGCAAAAGCAGACAGUUGUGCGAUGCGGUGAUACGAGUAGAAAACACCGAAUUCCCCAUUCACCGCAACAUAAUGUCGGCUUGCAGCCCGUAUUUCAGGACCCUCUUCACAAACGAGUUAUUCGACACAAACACUCGAGAGGUUGUGAUCCCAGGGGUCUCAGCCGAAAUAAUGAGCCACCUGAUCGACUAUGCAUACACACGGGACGCCGCAGUCACCGCAGAAAAUGUGGAAUUCCUUCUCCCCGCGGCGGACCAGUUUCACGUAUUAGGGCUGGUCAAGCUAUGCUGCGAUUUCCUGAUUUCCGAGCUCUCCCCGGAGAACUGCAUAGGAAUCCGUCGGUUCGCCAAGACCUACUUCUGCCACAAUCUAGAGAGGGCCGCUUUCCGUUUUCUCAUGUUAAACAUAGCCGACGUCUUAGUGUACAGUAACGAGUACCUCCAGUUAGGUAUCGGGGAACUCUGUGACAUCUUGUCGUCGGAUGAGCUGAACGUCAGAAACGAAGAGCUCGUUUUUGACGCGGUGUUGCGGUGGAUCGACUUUGAUAUCGACUACAGAAGAGACUACAUCGCUCGCCUCCUGAAAACCAUCAGACUCGGUCUCCUCACCACGCAGUACUUCGUGGAAAAGGUCAAAGUUCACCCCUACAUCAAGGAUAAUGAUUCCUGCAAGCCGAUCAUCAUUGAGACCUUGAAGUUCCUGUAUGAUCUGGAUAUGGAUGAAGACAAGGAGCUGGAUCUAAACAAUCCCCUCGCCAGGCCGCGCGUGCCGCACGAGAUUCUGUUCGUAAUCGGCGGCUGGAGCGGGGGAUCGCCUACGAAUAUCGUAGAGACUUACGAUACUCGCGCGGAUCGCUGGAUCGUGUGCGACGCUGUUGAUACAGGCCCGAGGGCGUACCAUGGAACCUCCACGAUAGACCAUAUAGUCUACAUCAUUGGAGGGUUUGAUGGAGUGGAAUACUUCAACAGCGUGCGGAGCUUUAACCCUAUGACAAAGGAAUGGAAAGAAAAAGCACCCAUGAAUGCAAAAAGAUGUUACGUAAGUACCACCGUCCUGGGUGAGUUUAUCUAUGCCAUGGGGGGAUACGACGGUCAAGUCCGACAGAACACCGCCGAGCGUUACCUCCCCUCCAAGAACCAGUGGAGUCUGAUCGCCUCCAUGCAUAACAGACGGAGCGAUGCCAGCGCCACCGCCUUAGACGGUAAAGUGUACAUCUGUGGGGGCUUUAACGGUCACGAGUGUCUGAGUACGGCCGAGGCGUACGACCCCUUCACCAACCAAUGGACGCUACUGGAGCCGAUGAGAAACCGGCGUAGCGGUAUAGGCGUCAUCGCCUACAAGGACGAGAUCUACGCCUUAGGCGGAUUCAACGGGAUAACCCGGAUGAACACUGGAGAGAAAUACUGUCCCAAGGCGAACAGAUGGAAAACCAUUCCGGAGAUGUUUAACCCAAGGAGUAACUUUGCUAUAGAGGUAAUAGACGAGAUGGUGUUUGCUAUCGGCGGCUUCAACGGAGUCACCACCAUUUUUAACGUGGAAUGUUUUGACGCCUCCACCGACGAAUGGUAUGAUGCUACGGAUAUGAAUUUGAACCGAAGUGCGUUGAGCGCAUGCGUGGUGAAGGAGUUGCCAAGUGUCCAAGAUUACAUUCACAAAGAAAGAUAAAUUGUCUGUAGAAUUAAAGUCUAAAAUUUUAUCGAAGAAAAAAAAACAAUCUUCUUGAACAAUGCUAAAUAAAAAGCUAUUUUGAAAAUUA